AUGGCUUACAUAAAACGGGAGCGGGCGCCUGGGGAUGGGAACCUUAAACGGAAGGGGCUGGGUAGGCCUCUGCAGCAGCAGGGCCCGCCGGCGAUUGGCGGAGCUGCCAAGAGAUGGAUGUGUAGAUCUAACCCACAAGCGGGUGGAGAGCGUCAACCCUGCUUAGCCUCUCCGGCCGCGGUCUCCUCCAUCCCUGAGACUUAGAUGAGGAACGAGAGCGCGGAGCGCAGGAGGAUGCGGCGCCCGCUGUGGCCUGGGAGCUCCGGGGAGCUCCGUCUGCUCCUCUGCUUCUUGCUGCUGAACAGCCUCCCAGGGGGCUGCAGAGACCUUACUGGCCACCGUCAGGAGGAAACUGGAGUGGAGCAGCUCUGGCCCUUCCAAGGAUUUCCCACCCCAGUCUCCUGGCACUUGUAAGUUGUACUCCAGCAGAUUAUGCUCCAAGGUUUGUUCUGGAAGGGUGACAUCACCUAGGAUGUGAUGACCCAGAAGAAGGAAUACAUAACAAGCAGACUCCAUCCCCAAGAUUUCUGUCUGAGGGAUGGGCAGGCAUCCUUUCCCACCAAAACCACUGGGAGCCCAAUGGUCCAGGUGAACAGGGAUCAGUGCUUUACCUCCAAAAUGGUUUCAAAGGCCCUGAAAUAACAGGUGGCCAACCCUGUCAAGGGCUUCUUUGAGCCACCCUCCACUGUGGAACGCAAUCUCGCCGCUGAUUGA